ACUAGCCUGGCGAUGCUAUCUUGUUGUUGAGGCCGCAACGAUCGACUAGCGUGCAACACACAAUCUCCUCCAGCGUGUGGUGUCCGCGUUAGUCACGCGCAGCGAUGGCAACCACCAACGGUGUCAAGCCCGUGCCCAUGGCGGACGGCGCUCCGCCCAAGUUCGCCCUGCCGGUGGACUCCGAGUACAAGGCGAAAGCGAUGAACUUGUUCUCGCUCAGCCGGCCUCACAUGCUGUCCUUUCACCUGAACUGGGUCGCCUUCUUCAUCACCUUUCUUGCAGCCUUCGCCAGUGCGCCGCUGGUGCCCAUCAUCCGUGACUCCAUCAACCUGGAGCAGCACGAGGCUAACAUAGCAGGUGUCGUCACAACUGCCAGCACAGUCUUUGCGCGUGUCUUCAUCGGAGUUAUCUGCGACAGAUUCGGACCCAGAUAUGCGUACGGUUACCUUCUGGCGGCAUGCGCAAUCCCGGUGUUCUGCAUGGCGGUAGUCAGGAAUGCCAUCGGUUACAUCAUCGAGCGCGUCUUCAUCGGCUGCUCGCUGGCUUCCUUUGUGGUCUGCCAGUUCUGGUCCUCCAUCAUGUUCUCUCCCAACGUGGUCGGCAUGUCCAACGCCAUCGCUGGCGGCUGGGGUAACGCUGGUGGCGGUGUCACCCAGAUUGUGAUGCCCUACAUGACCGAGGGGAUUGCUAAGCACGUGCCUGAGUUUGAGGCGUGGCGCUGGGCCUUCUUCCUGCCAGGAGGCCUCUUCAUCAUCAUCACCUUCCUCAUCCUCAUUCUGGGCCAGGAUUGCCCCCAGGGCCAGUAUAGCGAGCUGGAGAGGACCGGCAAGAAGCAAAAGUCCAAGAUCUGGCGCGAGAUGUACAAUGGCCUCACCAACUACCGCAUGUGGGGCCUCGCCGCCUGCUACGCGUACACCUUUGGUGUGGAGCUUGCCCUGGACAACGCCCUUGCGCCGUACUUUGAGAAGAACUUUGGCUUCGGCAUCACCAAGGCGGCCAACCUUGCAGCCAUCUUUGGCAUGCUCAACUUCAUCUCGCGCCCUCUGGGAGGCUACAUCUCCGAUCUCUGUGGACGCCGCUGGGGCAUGCGCGGACGCAUCUGGUGGCUCUUCUUUGUCGUCGCCGGCGGCGGUGUGAGCUGUUCCAUCUUCGGUGUGCUGCACACGAGCCUGCCAGGCACCCUUGUCAUGAUGAUCUUCGUCGGCUUCUUCCUCGAGGCCGGCUGCGGUGCCACCUACGGAGUCGUCCCCUUUGUGUCCCGUCGCUCCACUGGAAUUGUGUGCGGCCUCGUCAGUGCCGGUGGCGCCGUCGGCGGUGUCAUCAACCAGGCCAUCUUCUUCCUCAACACCCCUGCCAAGGGCGCCUACACCCUGGAGCAGUACAUGUCGUUCCAGUGGAUGGGAGUGGUCAUCUGCGCGGUGGCCUGCUUCGGAGUGGCCCCCAUCUACUUCCCCAUGUGGGGAGGCCUGCUGUGCGGCCCCGUCAAGGGCGCCACCGAGGAGGAUUACUACUAUGCUGAGUACACCCCGGCUGAGCGCGAAGCGGGCCACCACCUUGCGUCCUCCAACUUUGCAUUUGAGUCCCGCAGCAUGCGCGGCCUCAAGCGGCUGGCGGCCGACCCCAUGUUCCCUGCCACGGGCCACAAGGUCGAGAAGCCCGUGACUAAGGGCGCGACCAACGGCGUGACUAACGGCGAUGUUAAGCCGGUAGUCUGAGCUGGUGACUGCCCUCGCCUCGUCAGGCGGCGGUCCCACGCUCGCCUAACGAUGACUUACGGCUCUGCCGACCGGCCAAGCGCAGCUUUUCUCUCCAGACCCGCUGCUCAGGAGUCAGCAGCGGCUGCCAAAGCAUCAAACUAGCGGCCGUUUCAGGGCCUUCUGAUCCUGCGAUGAAUGUUGCAAAGAGCCAACCAAACGUUUCCGAGGUGUCUAUUAGGGAGCUGCGUGGGACCUUGCAUGCAAUUGAUGUACGUGUUUGCUAUCCGAGGGCUGGUGCUGUUCUGUGCCAUGAAAUGGGGGCUGAUGCAGCCGAGCCCUGCAUCAGUGCAAGCGUUUCUGAGCCUCCAGGAUGUCUGUUGAGUGGUGUAUUCAGGCGCAACUUGUACAAUUUCAUGGGGGGCCGACAAUAACAUGCGGGCCAUGCAGAGUGCCUGUUAAACAAGUUCUAGGGGCGACAGCAGAUGAUCUGAGACUCUUUUUACUGGCAUCACUGAAGGGGCCCAAUGUAGGGACAGAGGAGGGUGGCGCUUGAUGUGCACCCCCUGCUCUGAAGAGCUUUAACAUGUAGCAAGCGCUUGCCAUUCAGACAUUAAUUUUAGUACACAGCAGUAGUGGCCCUUGCUGCAGCUCUUGUUGUCGCCUAUACCUGCCACAGUGUGCAGCGCGCUAGCGCGGCUGCACCACCGUUGAUGACAGUUUUGGGGGUCCUGCCAUUAAUACCUUUUAACAGGGACCUCUAGGUGACUAAGACUGGUGAGUCACAGGAUUAAUAAAUAGCUGGGCUGUUGAUCAGGGUAUGUGCGCCGCAUGUGCCCCAUCCUAUGCUCGAGCUCACAUCGUCUUGACGCAUUGAAGUAUGGAACUUUCUUUGUCUGUUCAAGUUAUGUCGGGAUUGCUUGCCCCCUUCCCAGUUGCAGGGCGCAGCACUGUCACAACUUUUUAGUCCUUGGAAUGUUUACGGUCAUGUCAUAGUAUUGAUUCAGGUGUCCACUGCACAUGUUGUGUGGUGCACAAUGGGACCCAUCCUCUUUGUAACAAUAUAUUUCCACGGAUU